AUGGCACCUCCACCGUUAUUAGAGCAUAGCAAUGAAAAUACUACGACAAACGAAAUGUCAGAAAUUAUCGAAACAUACACGAGAGACAAAGACAACCAACCAGAAAAUCCGGAUCAGAAAAAUACAAAGAAUGACAAUACCAGCAUUGCUAUUAAUGAAAAUAAUGAUGAUUUGUCGAAUUCUAGUUUCAAUUAUAGCAGUGCCAUUAAAAGUCCUAGACAAUUUCGCGCAUUGUCUCGAUUAACACUAACAUUAACAGUUCGAAACUGGAAAAGCAAUUUCUGUUGUAUAUUCUUAACACCAUUAAUAAUGUUGAUACUCAUGCACUUUAUAAUCAACGCAACUGAUCCUCUAAUAAACGAAGGUUAUGAUGACGAUUCAUCAGUAACAUAUUGUUCAAGCAGCGACAAUUUCAUGAACAGAACUCAUGGUAAUGUCCAAGAUUUGCUCGGCCACUUUGGAGAAGUUAAACAAAAAAUCGAAACUGAAGACGUUGUUAGACCUCUUACUUUGGCGAAUUCAGCUUAUUUUUAUUCUGGAUAUCUCAAUUAUAGCAAUUAUAGCGAUUAUUUUACAAGUUGCUCAAAUUUAUUUACGGGAAAUCAGGAUAAUUAUACGGCAAAUCCGACGCCAUAUUUCAUUAAUCUUGGAAAUCUUGAAAGUUCGCAACAACAUGAUACAACUUAUUUACCAAAACCAAUCAACGGCUGGUGGAAUUACCCGUUUACCACGAGGUACACAAAGUUUCGUCUCAUGUAUAAUUCCACGCCACAAACCUUUCCAUAUGGAUACGUAGUAGCAGAAAAUGGAAUCAGUGCUAUACCUGCGGCUUCUAAUGAUUCUACAGCAAAGACUAUAAAUUUUAUUCAAUUGGCGAGAGACAACUUGGCCAGUUGUUAUCAAAAUCAAGUUUCCGCGGCGACAUAUGACUUAUUUAGUUGCCUAGAUAGUUACAUAAGUCGAAAAGAUCAAGGUCCUUUCCUAAACCUUAUCCCACAUAAAUAUUUCAAUCUUCCGAUCAAUGCUAAAAGUUUAUUAUUAAACAAUGUAACUAAUAUUCGAUUCGAUACUGGAAUAUUCAUACCGUCUACAAAGUUAUCCGUAAAUAAAGAUUUAGUUUCGGCUUUUAAUACAACUUUUUCAUCUCUUAAAAUGCUUUACAAUACUAGAAAUUUUUACUUGGAGACCACCACCAACACCACCUCGAUCCUAGAUAUCAAUCCGCUACCUCAUGGCGCCAUAUUAUUUGAUAAACUUGAUCAGCAGAACGCAACGAUUUCGUAUACACUUCAAUAUGGAAGUUUUCCGAUGUUAGCAUUGCUGACAACGUAUUUGCGUUCUCCUCACGACAGUGAUUAUAUGAUAAUGGUUACUGAUACCUAUCGAGAAAUUUUGGACAUUAACACCUUUACUUCAAUAAUGCAUCUAUUGGAGUAUUACCCAAGUGCCGGAUUUAGACGUCUAAUUGCUUCAAGUCAAAUAACAAAUGCUUUAUCACAGGGAAAAGUAGAAAUAGUUGCUAAAUUACAGGCCAUGCCUAGAAAAUUUAAUAUGAAAGAAUUAAAAAACGAUUCGACUGCAUUAAUUGGUUGGGGAUUUUAUCCAUUCGCGAUAUCUUUCUUGAUGUCAAUCUUUGUGAUGGUUCUAGUUCGUGAAAAAGAAGAUCACGUAUUUAUAAUUAUGAAAAUGAGCGGUCUAAACACGUUCAUACACACUUUAAGUCAUUAUCUAGAAUUCAGUAUUAUGCAAACUAUUUCUUGUCUAGUAUUUUACAUCACUGGUUUAGCAUUUCAGUAUACGCUCUUUACUCGUACCGACCCCUGGAUUCUUCUUCUCUACUUUGGUAUCUGGAUAAAUGUUCAAGUGGCCAUGGGAUUCUUGUUUAGUGUCUUUUUUUCGAAAACUCGACGCGCUCUAGCUUUUAUAUUUGGCACUAAACCUACACCACGUACUUGGUAUAUUCAUCCAUCUUUCGCAUUCUACGAAGGCUUUCUUCACCUAACAAAUCGUGCAACAUUAAAAGAUGGUCUUCGACCAUACGAUCUGGGACAUCUUGACGCAACCGAUGAAUUGUCAAUUAUUAUGAAAUUUCUUGUUUUCGAGUGGAUAUUCAUGAUGUUGUUGACUUUCUAUUUCCAAGCUGUUCUACCAUCAGAAUACGGAGUCCCAAAACAUUACUUGUUUUUCGUCAAAGGUCCAUAUAGAUGGAUAAAAAAUCGCUUUUCUUCUUCACCUACUACACAACUGUAUCACGAGAAAUCGUUAGGUGUCAGCUCAACGGAUGAAAAGAUGGAUCUCGACGUUAAAGAAGAACAACAACGAAUUCUAAACGGGGAAAUUAAUCCAAUGAACCGUAAUCUCGUGGUUAAAGAACUUGUGAAAACAUAUCCUGGUGGGAAAGUUGUUGUCAACAAUUUAUCUUUUUCUGCAGAAAAAAAUAUGGUUUUCGGAUUACUCGGACCUAAUGGUGCUGGAAAAUCCUCUGCUAUUCAUGUAAUGACCGGAUUGUAUCCUCCGACUGCAGGUACGGUCUAUGUUGCUGGACAUAAUAUUCGCACCGAUAUGGAUAAAGUGUACACAAGUAUUGGUAUCUGCCCACAACAUGAUCUCUUGUGGCGUGACUUGACAAUCGAAGAACAUUUGUUAUUUUAUACACGACUUCGAGGCAUUGAUCCCAAAAUGGAAAAAGAGAUAGUCGAGCACGCGUUAGCGCAGGUGGAACUGGCAGGAGCGAAGACUCGCCUCGCAAAGAAUUUAAGUGGUGGAGAAAAACGACGUCUUUCUAUUGCGAUUGCAUUGGCAGGAGAUAGCAAAGUGUUGUUUCUUGAUGAGCCAACCACAGGUCUCGAUCCCGACGUUCGUCGCACCAUUUGGGAAAUUAUUUUGAAAGCUAAAAAAGACAAAACUAUUAUUUUAACGACGCAUUCGAUGGAAGAAGCAGACGCAUUAUGUGACAAAAUAGGAAUCGUCGCAGCUGGUCAAUUGCGUUGUCUUGGUGCGCCAUUAUACCUAAAAAACACGCACGGCUCUGGAUUCCAAUUGUUGAUAAACUCAAUACCAACACAUUUAGAUUUCGUAUGUCAACAAAUCGAAGCAUACCUCCCAGCACCAUGCACCCAACUUGACAAAUUUAGCACGUCUGUAACGUAUCAGUUUAACGCUACGCGUGGAGUUGUAUCGAAAUUGUUUAAGGUUUUGGAAGAAAAACGUCACUAUUGGGGGAUCAUUGAUUAUUCUAUUGGUCAGAGUACUUUGGAGGAUGUGUUUUUAAGGGUUUUGAAGAAAGCUGGUGACCCUGAACAAGUUUCACAUGAUUCACGUAAACGAAAACCUUUUUUUAAAAAAGCUCUAAGCAUGUGA